GCUUCCAGACUCAACAAGCGGUUCAGGUGGCGCCGGCAGUGAGACUGGAGACCCGCCACCGCCAUCACCGCUUCCCUCAACGAUCAGACUCGUGGCCUCUGGGUUGUUGCUUGAAGUUGGUGCUGGCUCUUCGCUCUCCGGGCUGUAAACGUAAGCUGCCGCAGGCGGUGUAGAAAAGUCCUGGCUAGCUGAGUUAUCCUCGUCGUUGAUGGAAGCUGACUUAACAGAUCUGUCGGCAACAUUAACAGGAGUGCAGAAAUUACCUAUUUUAGAGGAAAUGUCAUCAUACUGUAGUAUGGAUAGUAGAGAGCAGACAGGAAUACAUUGGAUAAAGACAGGAGAACAGGACCAGCAAAGGACCUUGAGACAGAAAUCGAACUUGGGUUGCCAUGAACACAGUUUAUUUCAGCAGAAGAGAGCAGAAGCAGGGUCCAGCUGUGUGUCUAUGAGGAGUGAUGUGUCUAUGGAUAAUCCAACAAAUUUUAAGGGUGGAGAUAAGUGGACUGAUCUCAGUUUAUUUCAGCAGAAGAGAUCAGAACCAGAGUCCAGCUGUAUGUCUAUGAGGAGUGACAUGUCUAUGGAUCAUGCAAUAGAUUUUAAGAGUGGAGGUACAAAGACUGAUCUCAGACAGGAUAGUAGAGAGCAUUGGAUGAUGAGAGGGGAGCUGGACCAGCAAAGGAACUCAAGGCAGAAAUUGAACUUGGGUCGCUGUGAGCACAGUUUAUUUCAGCAGAAGAGAGCAGAAGCAGAGUCCAGCUGUGUGUCUAUGAGGAGUGACGCGUCUAUGGGUCGUCCAGCUAAUUUUAAGGGUGGAGAUACGAGGACUGAUCUCAGUUCAGUUCAGCACAAGAGAUCAGAACCAGAGUCCAGCUGUGUGUCUAUGAGGAGUGAUUGGUCUAUGGAUCGUUCAAUACAGUUUAAGAGUGGAAACACAGAGAUUGACCUCGGUUCAGUUCAGCAGAAGAGAUCAGAAGCAGAGUCCAGCUGUGUGUCUAUGAGGAGUGACACAUCUAUGAAUCAGCCAUUAGAUUAUAAGAGUGAAGAUACAGAGACUGAUCUCAGCCAUGAAGUCCUCAACACAUUUAGAUCAAAUCUGAUGAAGAAGUUUGAGCGUCUGUAUGAGGGAACAGCGACGCAGGGAAACCCAACACUCCUGAAUGAGAUCUACACAGAGCUCUACAUCACAGAGAGUGAGAGUGGAGAGAUCAAUAAUGAGCAUGAGGUGAGACAGAUUGAGACACAAUCCAGGAGAGCAGCAACAGAGGACACAGCCAUCAAGUGCAAUGACAUCUUUAGACCUUUACCUGGACAAGACAAAGCCAUCAGAACUGUGCUGACAAAGGGAGUCGCUGGCAUUGGAAAAACAGUCUCUGUGCAGAAAUUCAUCCUGGACUGGGCUGAAGGGAAAGAGAAUCAGGACGUCCAGCUCAUAUUUCCACUUCCUUUCAGAGAAAUCAACUUGAUGAAGGGCAAAACACUCAGUCUUUCAGAUCUUCUUCAUGUUUUUUUCCCUAAAACUAAAGAAAUGGAAAUAUCCAGUGAUGAAUAUAAAGUGUUGUUCAUCUUUGAUGGUCUGGAUGAGUGUCGUCUGUCUCUGGAUUUUCAAAGAGCAGUGGGCUUGUAUGAUGUGAGUGAAUCAGCCUCAGUGGACGUGCUGCUGAUGAACCUCAUUGUGGGGAAUCUGCUUCCCUCUGCUCUAAUCUGGAUCACCUCCAGACCAGCAGCAGCUGAUCUCGUCCCCUCUGAGUGUGUCCAUCGAGUGACAGAAGUACGAGGCUUUAGUGAGCCACAGAAGGAAGAAUACUUCAGGAAGAGAAUCAGUGAUCAGAGUCUGGCCAACAGGAUCAUGUCACACCUGAAGUCAUCAAGGAGCCUCUACAUCAUGUGCCACAUCCCAUUGUUCUGCUGGAUCUCAGCCGCUGUUCUAGAGAAGAUGUUGAGUCGAGCAGAAACUGGAGAGAUUCCCAAGACUCUCACUCAAAUGUACACACAAUUCCUGAUCCUUCAGACCAACAUCAAACAUGAAAAGGACUAUGAGAAGAAAGUGAAGGAUAAGAACCUGAUUCUCAGACUGGGGAAAGUGGCUUUUCAGCAGCUCGUGAAAGGCAACGUGAUCUUCUAUGAGGAAGACCUGAGAGAGUGUGGCAUUGAUGUGACAGAAGCAUCAGUGUACUCAGGAUUGUGCACUCAGAUCUUCAGAGAGGAGUUUGGCUUGUAUCAGGGGAAAGUCUUCUGCUUUGUUCAUCUAAGCAUUCAGGAACAUCUAGCAGCUUCAUAUGUGCACCUCUCCUAUACAAACAACAAUAGAAAUGUGAUUGACCAAAUCACCAAACAUAGUUUGCGGUCUAAAGUGAAGGACUGGUUUCAACUCAAUUCAUCAAAACAUGUUUCAUUAUCUGAGCUGCAUCAGAGAGCUGUGGAUGAGGCUCUGCAGAGUAAAAAUGGACAUCUGGAUCUUUUCCUGCGGUUCCUUCUGGGUUUGUCAGUGGAGUCUCAUCAGAUUCUCCUACGGCAAAUAAUGAAACUGAAAAGAAGCAGCUCUGAUAGGAGAAAAAAAUCAGUUGAGUACAUCAAGAUGAAGAUCAGGACCAUUGACUCUCCAGAGAAAUCCAUCAAUCUGUUCCACUGUCUGAAUGAACUGGGUGAUCAUUCACUAGUGGAGGAAAUACAACAGUAUCUGAAAUCUGGAAGAAUCAAGGAAACCAAACUCUCUUCAUCUCAGUGGUCAGCUGUAGUUUUUGUGUUGUUGACAUCAGAAGAGGAACUGAAUGAGUUUCAUCUUGAUAAAUUUGUUGAAGGAAUAAAUAAGCAUGAAAACAUGGAAGUUUUUCAGAAGUUGCUGCCUGUGAUUAAAGAAUCAAAAUCAGUUCAGUUGACUGAUUGUGGCGUCACUGAUGAAGGUUGUGCUGCUCUGGCUUCAGCUCUGAAAUCAAACCCCUCACAACUGAGACAACUGGAUCUGUCUAGGAAUAAACUAGGAGAUUCUGGAGUCACGCUGCUGUCUGCUGGACUGGAGGAUCCUCACUGUAAACUGAAGAAAAUGUGGUUGAGUGAUUGUGCCAUCACAAAUGAAGGUUGUGCUGCUUUGGCUUCAGCUCUGAGAUUGAACCCCUCACACCUGAGACAUUUGGAUCUGUCUGAGAAUGAGCUAGGAAAUUCAGUGUAUCUGCUCUCUGAUGUACUACAACAUUCUCACUGUAAACUGGAGAUACUGUGGUUGAGGGAUUGUGGCGUCAGUGAUGAAAGUUGUGCUGCUCUGGCUUCAGCUCUGAAAUCAAACCCCUCACACUUGAGACAACUGAAUCUGUCUUUGAAUAAAAUAGGAGACUUGAGUGUGAAGCUUCUCUGUGCUGUACUGGAGGAUCCUCACUGUAAACUGGAGAAACUGCGGUUGAGUUAUUGCUGCGUCACAGAUAAAGGUUGUGCUGCUCUGGCUUCAGCUCUGAGAUCAAACCCCUCACACCUGACAGAACUGAGUCUGUCUGGGAAUAAACUAGGAAAAUCAGGAGUAAAGUUACUCUCCGAUCUGAGGAAUGAUCCAUAUUAUAAACUGGAGAGAUUAUGCUAUUACUCUCAGUAUUCAGACGUCAGUCCAGUUUCCUCAGGAUCAGCUGAUGGUGAAUAAGGAGCCGCUACAGAGACGUCACAGUCACACAAUCAACAGAGACUGAAGACACAGAGACACACAGUAUCACACUGUCGUGUGUGUUGUCUUGUUUUAUAGGUAAUCGCCCAUCAAAUUGAGUGAGUGCAGAAUCAUUUAUUCAAUAAUAUAAAAUAAUAACAUUAUUUUGAAAAUUAGUAAUGACACAAAAUGACCUCAACCAGUUUGAUUCUACUUUAUAUAUACAUUUAAGGCAGCACCUGAACUUUGUUUUAAAGAUGAAGAUGAUGUAUUUCACAACUUUACUGAUAGUUUACCUUAUUUGUUUGAUGUUUAAACAGUUUGUACAACAUCAUUACUGAUGUGGUGUUCUUAUUUUUUUGUUUAGCCUCUUGAAACCAUACAUAUUUACAAACAGACAGCAAAUAAAAAAUGACAGUUAACAAAAGGCAGACAUAACAAGCGUACACUACAUAACCAUAUAAAAUGUGACAAUUAGUGUUGUUUUUGGCAGACUGUUUUAAUUUUAGUUUCAGUCUAGUCUUUGUAUGAAGCUGUCAUUUUAGUUUUUAUUAGUUUUAGUCAUGUUCAUAUUCUUUUUAGUCUAGUCAAGUUUUAGUCAACUAAAAGUCUGAGCAUUUUAGUCUUAUUUUAGUCAUAAUUAUCCAUGACUAUUUUUGUCUGGUUUUAGUCGGAAGUGACGUCGCCUGCGUCUGCACAGUGGGACCUGAUGCAGCCCACUUUAGAAAUACUGCAGAAUAAUAAUAAUAAUGCGACUAAACAAAACGAAAUAACAUAACAUUUCGUUUCGUCUCGUUUUGGUCAACGAAAAUGAAGAGACAUUUUAGCAUAGUUUUUAUUCUGUAAAUCACAUUUAGUCUCGUUUUUAUUCGUCAACAAUAUUACAUUAUACAUUUAAUUAUAGUCAUUGUCACACGACCAACAUUUUCGUUGUGUCUCGUCACGUGAUAAAGGUUCGUUGACAACGAUAUUUAGUCAUAAUUUUCGUUGACGAAAGCAAUACUAGUGACAAUGGGAAAAAAUAAAGAUAAGUAAGAUUUCUGAGGCUAUGAAUGACUCUGAAAACAUUUAUUGACUCAACAUGCUCUGAAAAUCUGCACAGAUCCCUGUUUGUGAUUUCUGGACUAUAGUGUGACUAAAGGAGUCAGGACAUUUACAGUUUCCCUCUGGAACUUUUAAAGGAUGAAAGCUCUUAUAAUAAAGCUCUUAUGCUGUAACUGGAAGUAAGACUUUUCAUUAUUUCACUAUAUUGUCUCAAGCUCAGCGCUUAC